GAUACUGUGACCUCUGAAGAGCUGGGAGCAUCUGGGCUUCGAAGGCAAGAAGCAGAACUUUGAGAAUUUUUUUUCUCACACUUCACAAACCCCCCCAUUUGUUUUUUGGCUGCAAAGAGGUGUGGAGAUGGGGAACAUGGACGGGAAAAGCGUGGAGGAGCUGAGCACCACCGAGUGCCACCAGUGGUAUAAGAAGUUCAUGACGGAGUGUCCUUCUGGCCAGCUCACCCUCUACGAGUUCAAACAGUUUUUUGGCUUGAAAAACCUGAGUCCUUCAGCGAACAAAUACGUUGAGCAAAUGUUUGAGACGUUUGACUUCAAUAAGGAUGGCUACAUAGAUUUCAUGGAAUAUGUGGCAGCUCUGAGCCUGGUCCUGAAAGGGAAGGUGGACCAGAAGCUGCGCUGGUACUUCAAGCUCUAUGAUGUGGAUGGGAACGGGUGCAUUGACCGGGGAGAGUUGCUGAACAUCAUCAAAGCUAUUCGAUCCAUCAACCGCUGCAACACAACGAUGUCGGCCGAGGAGUUCACAGACAUGGUGUUUGACAAAAUUGAUAUAAAUGGAGAUGGUGAGCUGUCCCUGGAAGAGUUCAUGGAGGGCGUGCAGAAGGACGAAAUGCUGCUGGACAUCCUGACCCGCAGCCUGGACCUGACACACAUCGUCCGGCUCAUCCAGAACGACGGGAAGAACCCGCACGAGCUGGAGGAGGCAGCGGCCGCCCCGUAA